GACGGCAUGUUAACAUAACCUUCAAAGUUACCGAAAGUUAUUAACUUGAAAUUAUUUAAACAUUUAAUUGUUGCACACUAAAGUAUACAUAUAUUCAGUUAAUAUAGAUGAUUGAAACUUGUAAAUACUGUUAAUAAUAAUUGAUAUUGUCUUAUUUAUAUAAAUUUCUCUUUUGUAAGAAAAAUGGUACUAAACUUUGCGACAACAAAUUUAUUUAGAUCUUUCCACACUUCUGCUAUUCAAAAUAAAAUAAUUAAACUUUCUCGACUAAGGGUCGUAGACAAUAGUGAAAUUGGAAAGAAAGCUAUGAAAAUUGGUAAACCACCACGAUGUAUUCACGUUUACAACAAAAAAGGCACAGGAUUCAUUGGAGAUAAAGUAAUGGUCGCCAUUUGCGGUGAAAAGAAAAAAGGAAUUCUUGUUGGACUGAAAGCUCAGCAAAAAAAGAAGGUAGCAAAGUUUGACAGUAACAAUAUUGUUCUAAUUGAUGAUAGUGGAACACCAUUAGGAACACGAAUUCAUGUUCCUAUACCUCAUGUUUUAAGGACAAUUUUAAAAGAAAAAACUUUCUCAAAAGGUGCAGAUUAUACAAAACUUCUUGCUAUUGCAUCGAAAUUCGUUUAAAUAAUUUAGAAUUGUGAUUUUACUUUAAAAAACAGUAUAAUUGAAUAAUUGUACAAAAUAGUGCAAAAACUCUUUCAAUAAAUGUUUUAAUACAGUUGAA